AUGGUGCGGAGCUGUGGGGUGAAAGUGGAGGGUGUGAGGCGUAGAGAACAGUGCGUUCAUCCGUUAUUGUGGCGAGACGUCGAGAUGAAAGCGAAUGGCGGCAUGUACGGAUCAUUAAGCGAGUUGGGCGUCGACUGCUUGCUGGUCGUCCAGACGUUGAGGGCGUUUCAUCCGCGAGUGAAAGAGAAACUCCCGGACAUGGAGCAGAGAGUAACUUCGAUUUUGGAGGAGAUCGCGUCACGGCGGAAUCUGGAAUUGGAUCUAAAACCGUUUUAUGAAGUGGUGCAGCCACUCGUUUUGCCGCCCGAAGUCGUUCUGCGAGAGGACAAAACGGGGAAACGCGAAGGGGAAACGGAGAAGACAGAGGGAAAUGGAGAAACGGGAGAAUCGAGCGUGGAGAACAAGAGAAACGAGGAAGCCAAAAUCCAAAUCGAACCAAAGCCAAAAUCGAAUUCCAAAUCGAAUUCCAAAUCGAAUUCCAAAUCGAAUUCCAAAUCGAAUUCCAAAUCGAAUUCCAAAUCGAAAAAGAAGAAGAAGAAGCCGGUCGAAGAGUCAGAUGGGGAUUUCGAGGUUGGUGAAUCCGAUGAAGAACUCGAUGAAGAACUCGAUGAAGAACUCGAUGAGGAAAUGAAUGAAGAAAUGAACGAGGAAUUGAAUGAAGAUAAGAAACUGCAAAUGGGAAAGCGACAGAGUUUGAAACGAGAGCAUAGCGAGUCUGAGUUCGAGGAGGGAUGGGAGGAUCUGCCAAGAAAGCAUAGGUGA